UCCUCCUCCUCCCUCCCUCCCCCUCCCCGGUCCCUUCCCGCCUUUGUCAUGGCGACACUGAGUGGCCUGAUCCGGGCCCUGCACCGCGGGACCCUCGGCCAGAAUGUGGUCGUGGAUCGGAUUUUCUCUGGUAUCCAGCCAACUGGGACACCUCAUCUGGGUAACUACCUUGGAGCCAUUCAGAACUGGGUGAAUCUUCAGGAAGAGUACAGCUCAGUGCUUUAUAGCAUUAUGGAUAUGCAUUCUCUCACCAUGCCCAAGGAACCAGCUGUCCUGCGCCAGAACAUACUGGACACCACUGCUGCUGUUCUUGCCUGUGGUAUUGACCCAAAGAAGUGUUUCCUGUUCCGACAGUCACUGGUCCCUGAGCAUGCAGAACUUGCCUGGAUUCUUGGGUGCUUAACUAAUGUGCCACGUCUGCUACGUUUGCCCCAGUGGAAGAUGAAGCGUGCCAGCCAGAAUAACGAAGGAACUGUUGGUUUGUUGACUUACCCUGUGCUUCAAGCAGCAGAUAUUUUGCUCUACAAGUCAACACAUGUUCCUGUUGGAGAAGAUCAAGUCCUGCACCUGGAACUAGCCCAAGAUAUAGCACAACAUUUCAACAAGAAAUAUGGAGAAUUCUUUCCUGUGCCCAAAGCCAUUUUAAGUACAACAAAGAAAAUAAAAUCCCUCAGAGAUCCAACAGUGAAGAUGUCCAAGUCAGACCCACAGAAGUUAGCUACUGUAAACAUAGCAGACAGCCCUGACGAAAUAGUACUGAAAUUCCGCAAAGCUGUGACUGACUUUACCUCUGAGGUGACUUAUGACCCAGCCACUCGUCCUGGUGUCUCCAACCUUGUGUCCAUUCAUGCUGCAGUAACGGGGCUUAGCAUACAAGAAGUGCUGCACCAGUCUAUUGGUCUUGAUACUGCUCACUACAAAAUGAUGGUAGCAGAGUCAGUUAUUCAAAAAUUUGCACCUAUCAGGAAUGAAAUUAAAAAACUCCAGGAAGACAAAUUCCAUUUGAUAAAGGUUUUAGAGGAUGGAGCAGAGAAAGCAAAAGAAGUGGCUGCCCCCAUCUAUCAAGAAAUAAGAAGACUGGUAGGAUUUCAGUAGAAACUGCAAGUAGUUGCAAAGAUUUUUGUUUCCUAGGACAGACGUUUUGUUACUUUUAUCUUCUGGAUUAUUUUGGUUUGAAAUGAAAACUUUUUUUUGUGGAAAAUCCAAGUAGAACAAUGAAGGUGCUUGCAUUUAAAAAUGUGCAUGAAGCCAGAUAUUUCCAGUGGGACCAGAACUGAGCUUGUCUGGAUAGUCGAGGAGGGAGGGUGGAAGCAACCACAAUGUACAAAUCCCACAAAAGCAUAAGAUGAUCCAAAUGAGGUCUGUUGACCAUUGCAAGAAACUGAGGUAUAAGCAAGGUAACCAGAAUCUAGCAGAAAGAUUUGUAAUCUUCUCAACAACAUCCUUAUCUGUGCAUGUGAUCUUGUUACAGAUAGACAACACAUCCUAUUGUGGUAUGGGGAUUCAUGGAUAACCAGAAUAAAAUCAAAGGCUUACAAAUCAAAAUACUCAGGGUGGUGAAGAGAGAACUUAACUGCCUCUGUCUAUCACAUUUUCAAACUCAGUGUAAUUUUGUAUCUGCACCAAGUAUUUGUGAAGAGAUUCAGUGUGUCAUAUGGAUACAAAUAUCCAUCUCUACAACCUACUGUGACUGCUGUGCUUGAUACCCUCUCUGUUCAUAGUCACUCCAAAGAAAACAGGCAGUGGAUUUCCCUGAAUUUCCCUUCUGCCACCUGUGCCAUCCUGCUGGUUAAGUCUGAGAUAUUUCAGUGGGAAAUUACAUGUGCUUCAUCUGCUCCUGUUUCACCUGCUGUUCAGUUUAGCCAGGAGCUCAGGAUUUUCAGUUCAGCAUCAAGUCUAGAAUUACUUUAGAAAAUGUGUGGAGUAAAAGAUGUAAUCCUGUGAGAAAGACAGCGAAAUCAAGAGAACUUUCUCUAAAAUUUACAAAUGUACUUUUUUAGAAAUUUGUGCUGAGGUCAGAGGCAGAAUUGGGUUAAAGAGUUCUUUAUGAAAUUUCACUACCCAGCCUCAUGAAAACUCAGUCAUGAGAGAAUAGUGUUAGCCUCACAAGAGCCACAGAUGGACCUGUGGACCAUGGCAUG